UAUUAUUAUUAUUAUUAUUAUUCCACCUUAAGCUCCUUAGAGGAGAAGGCAGCGUAUACGAAAUACAGACAUCCCAGUUCACCUGCGACAAUGCCCUCCCAGUGCAGAUUUCCAAGCACAGAAGUGACGGAGGACGGGGUACCCUAAUAAACAGCCGCCUGGGACCUCGGUCUCCCCAGAUGAGUCUGCCAGCUGCCUGCUUCUUUUGCCACUCCAGGCGGCCUCAAGGGCACUUGGCUGCGCUUCAAGCGCCUGCAUUUCAUGCCUCACAAACACGCUGUUUCUGAGCUUGGGGGAGAGGCGAAGAAUUCUCGCGGCUGUAAAACUAGAAAACAAACAAACCCCAGCCCCACAUAAAGAGGCAAAUAAAGAUCUGAUGCGCGGAGUGCGCGACAUUUGCCCUGCUUCUUGCCAUCUCCCGUCGGAGACAGGGAACUAGGCUGGGUCAGAGAAAGGCAGCCAUCUGUGCCAACCUCUUACCACACCCCCGGAGGCUUAAGGCCUCUUCAGGAGCUCCUGGAGGAGAACAGACGGCCCUCUCUGGACAUUGGCCUUGUGACUGGCAUGUGACUGGCAGGGCGAUGAUCUCUCCGCGGAUCCCUCGGAGGAAGAAGCCGCUUGGUCAAGUGGGCGGCUGACUCGGCUGGCCUCGCGAGGACAGACAAGCUGAGCCCCGGCUUCAAGGUCUCCUUCUCUCGCUUGGCAAGGAGCAUCUCUGCCCGUCAGGUGUGCGCCAUACCUGCUGCUGGUGAAGAAGCUUAGCCAUGGCAGGGACGAGGAGCCCCAGGUUCAAGAUGAUCCUCCUGGGGGAUUUUGGGGUGGGGAAGACCACGCUCUUCCAUCGGAUCAAGCUGGGGCGUUUCCUGGAGGGAGACCACCCGCCCGGCCAGCACAGCUACACCUGCGAGAAAACCCUGCCCCUGAAGCUCAACAGCAGGAACUGCCAGGUCCAGAUUUCCCUGUGGGACACGGCUGGGGAGGAGCGCUUCCUGUCCCUGAGCAGGAGCUACUACCGGGACGCGGAUGCUGUGCUCCUCGUGUACAGCCUGCAGCACCUUCUCUCCUUUGACAGCCUCUUGCACUGGCUGUACCUGGCCAGGCAGUACUGUGCGGAUGCCAAUCUCUUCCUCCUGGGCAACAAGAGUGACCUGGAGAGCUGCGUCCCCGAAGAGAAGGCUGAGAGGUUUGCAGUGGAGCACGGCGCGUCCGGCAGGUUCAAGGUGUCGGCCAAGACAGGUGAGAACGUGGAGCGCAGCCUGCAGGAGAUGCUGGAGAGGCUGUUCCUCAGGAAAGAAUUCCAGCACAGCAGCCUCCAUCUCCCCCUGCAAGAUGCAGGCUAUGGCCAAUGUGGAUGCUGAGCGUGGGAGAGCCUCCUGCCGCAGGAUUUUAGAGGAUGCUUCAGGUAGCCUUUGGUCUCAGGUAGCCUUUGGUCUCGGGUAGCUUUUCUCUGUGCGUUUGCCGCAUAUCGGAUCGGGACAUUUGCCACUUCCAUGGAGACGGCUGGGCUAUAGCAGCCGCCUGUGUCUGACCUGAAGAGUCUCUGUAGCAUAUUCUGCUGUGGCGCUGGUACCCUUGGCUGGAAGUCAUCUUGGUGGGCCAAUGAAAGCCUUCCUCACUUCACCUCCAUCAAUGCUUCUCUUUGGAGACCUGUGGGCCAUUUCCUGCAGGAUGCUGAGCUGACGAACUGACCCCACUGUGGACACACAACCAACUUCUGGGAACUGCGGCUUCUGAGCUACUAUGGGAUCUGGGGGGGGGGGUUAUAUGUGUGAGGGUGCAAUCCUUGGCCUCUCCCCAUGUCCUGUCGGUGUUCCAAACAAGGCAGUACAUCAUCCUUGCUCUCCUCCUCCUGUUCCAAAUUUUCUCUUCUUAAGAAGAGUCUGCAAGAUCAGGCCAAAUGGGGACCAGCUAGUCCAAUAUCCUGAUCUCACAGUGGCUGACCAAAUGCCCAUUAUGGGAAGCCAGCAAGCAAAACCUGAGC